AUGGAUAACUAUCAGGAUGACGGCGUUGACGCCGUUGAGUUGAGAUACCUGCAAGAUAAAUCUAUUUCUGAGCGCGACAAUGUCGACCUUACACGCCUGGGUAAGAAGGAGGUGCUCAAGCGAAACUUUGGUUUCAUGUCAAUGCUUGGGUUUAGUUGCACGGUUAUGAUUACCUGGGAGGGCGAAUUGCUACUAUUCGAUGACAACUUCUCCAACGGUGGCUAUGCAGGCUCGGUCUAUGGCUAUAUUAUCGUUUGGCUUGGCACACUCUGUGUUUUUGCGACAAUGGGUGAAUUAUCAUCAAUGGCACCAACCAGUGGUGGGCAAUACCACUGGGUUUCGAUGUUGGCACCGUCAAAUGUGCAAAAGCUUCUCAGUUAUGUUAUCGGUUGGUUAACGGUCGUUGGCUGGCAGGCAGCAGCAGCGUCUGAAGGCUACCUCGUCGGGUCCCUCAUUCAGGGCUUGAUUGUCAUGAACAGUUCCACCUACGAUCCCAAGCCGUACCAAGUCACUUUGUUGUUAUGGGCAGCAAUCUUUUUUGCAGUCUUCAUCAACACUGUGGUUAGCAGUGCUCUACCUAAGGUCGAGGGUCUGAUGCUUAUUCUUCAUAUACUCGGAUUCUUUGGCAUACUUAUUCCGCUUGUAUACCUGGCUCCUCAUACCGAUGCAACUACGGUUUUCACGACAUUCUUAAAUGAAGGCGGCUGGGCAACGACGGGCCUCUCCUUCAUGGUAGGACUGGUAGGCCCUGUUUUCAACUUUCUUGGAGCGGAUGCCGCGGUUCACAUGUCGGAAGAAAUAAAAAACGCAUCACGGGUCGUCCCAGGUGCAAUGAUCUUCAGUCUCAUUAUGAAUGGAGUGCUUGGGUUUGGUAUGCUGCUUGCCAUUCUCUUCUGUCUUGGGGAUGUCGAUACCGUCCUCUCCACUCCAACGGGCUUCCCAUUCAUGGCAAUCUUCCAGCAAGGGGUUGAAUCUCUCGGUGGAGCGACGGCCAUGUCGGCUAUAAUCACGGCAUUGGUGAUCUGUGCAACCAUCUCUGUCGUUGCUUCAGCUUCUCGAAUGACCUGGUCUUUUGCUCGUGACCGGGGUCUUCCGGGGUGGAAAUGGCUCAGCAAGGUUCAUUCAAAAUCAUCCAUCCCCGUUAUCUCAAUUGCUCUUACAACAACAGUCUCAUGUUUACUCAGUCUGAUCAACCUUGGCUCGUCUGUCGCGUUCAACGAUGUGGUCUCGCUGACAGUUGAUGGACUGUACACCUCGUACUUUAUCGGCAACAGCCUUUUGCUAUGGCGGCGCAUCUCAGGCCACAUUAAGCCCUACAACUCCACCUCCACACACGAGCUUACAAACGUCGCAAAUGCGGAAUCUCUUACCUGGGGUCCUUGGAGAAUUCCAGAGCCAUUCGGCACGAUAAUUAAUGCGCUCGGCUGCUUGUACAUGAUUAUCAUUUUGUUUUUCAGCUACUGGCCCACCACCAUGGACCCAACACCGUCGACCAUGAAUUUCAGUUCUCUUAUGGUUGGAGCGACGGGAAUAUUUUCGAUUCUGUAUUACAUUUUCUGGGCCAGGCGCAUUUACACUGGGCCAGUAAUUGAGAUUUAA